AUGGUUGUUUUCGAUGGCCACGAGUACCUGACUGAGGAAGAGCGCCGCCUCAAGGAUGAUCGCGAGCGCAAGCGGUAUUGGAAGAAAUGGGGUCCCUACGUCGCCGAACGACAGUGGGCUACCGUCCGAGAGGACUACAGCCAUGACGGCGAUGCAUGGAGUCACUUUCCUCACGAACAUGCCCGGUCGCGAGCCUUUCGUUGGGGAGAAGACGGCAUUGCCGGUGUCUCUGAUACCCAUGGCUGGCAAAAUAUUGGUUUCAGCUUCUGGAAUGAAAAAGACGACUUCUUGAAGGAGCGUCUUUUCGGCCUUUCCAAUCCUCAGGGUAACCAUGGCGAAAGUGUCAAGGAAGCCCAUUUCCAUGUCGACAACACACCUCAUUCCUAUAUGAAAUUCCUAUACAAAUAUCCGCAAAAGGCCUUCCCCUACGAAGAUCUCAUCAAAGAAAAUGCGAAGCGGUCGAAGGAAGAUAAAGAGUACCAAAUUAUUGACACUGAUGCUUUCGACGAAGACCGGUACUGGGACAUUUUCAUUGAGACGGCAAAGGAAGAAAAUGACCCCGACGAGCUCCUCUUCCGAGUCACAGCAUGGAAUCGCGGCCCGGACCCUGCACCCCUCCACAUCAUUCCCCAAGUCUGGUUUCGUAACACAUGGAGCUGGGGCAUUGAGCCCCCAGAAAAGAAGCCCAUCAUGUCCGCCAAUUCGGAGCUUUCUGCCUCUUCCAACCACUGGAGCCUCGGUCAAAGACAUCUCACGCUAUCACCGUCUCCUGGCGUCGGGUUGACUGGUGACGAUGUUCUACCAGAGCUGAUAUUUACCGAAAAUGACACCAACGUUAACGUCCUCUACGGCCAAAAGAACACACAGCCCUAUGUCAAGGACGGAUUCCAUCGCUACAUUGUGAAUGGGGAGAAGAACGCCGUCAAUCCUGCGCGAAGCGGCACAAAAUGUGCUGCCUGGUUUAGCUUCAAUGAGGAUGGUGGCGUGAGCCCAGGUGAAUGCGCAGUCGUACGCUUCCGGUUCUCAAAGAAAGAACAAAGCUAUCUCGACGAAGAGGAGUUCGACAAUGUGAUUGAGAAGCGUAAAGAAGAGGCCGACGAGUUCUACUACCGCCUUAGCCCGCUGCCCAUGACUGACGACUUGCGAAGUGUCCAGCGACAGGCAUUCUCAGGCAUGAUGUGGACCAAACAGCAUUACCUCUUUAUUUGGGAUCAAUGGGCCAACGGUGAUCCUGCGACGCCUCCACCCCCGCCGGAGAGACGAUCAAUUCGCAACACUCAAUGGCGUCAUAUGCAUUGCGAUGACAUUUUGUCCAUGCCUGACUCAUGGGAAUACCCUUUCUUCGCCGCUUGGGACAGCGCCUUUCACUGCAUUCCCUUGGCAAUGAUAGAUCCCGAUUUCGCCAAAAAGCAGCUCGAUCUCUUUACCAGAGAGUGGUACUGCCAUCCCAACGGCCAGCUGCCAGCUUAUGAAUGGAACUUUAGCGAUGUCAAUCCACCCGUACAUGCUUGGGCCACCUUCCGCACGUUCAAGAUCGAGCGAAAGCUUUACGGUCGUCAGGACUUGGACUUUCUAGAGCGUGUGUUCCAAAAGCUGCUGCUCAAUUUUACUUGGUGGGUAAACCGGAAAGAUACAGACGGCAAGAAUGUCUUUGAAGGCGGCUUCCUUGGUCUUGACAACAUUGGUCUGUUCAACCGGUCAGAGCCCCUACCUACAGGUGGUGUGCUGGAACAAGCGGAUAGCACGGGUUGGAUGGCAUUUUACUGCUUAUCUAUGCUCAACAUUGCGCUUGAGCUGGCCAAGCACCGCCGCAUUUACGAAGACAUUGCGUCCAAGUUCUUCGAGCAUUUCAUCCUUAUCAGCGAUGCUAUGACCUUCAGAGAAGGCAAUAAGGACGAGCAGUCUCUCUGGAACGACGAAGACGGCUUUUAUUACGACGCCAUCUCAUGGGGUGGUCCGUACAUUCAGCAGCUACCUGUGCGUUCGCUUGUUGGACUUAUCCCCCUCUAUGCCACAACGACGUUGGAGCCGGAACUCAUGAAUAAGCUGCCGUCGUUCCGUAAGCGUGUCGAAUGGUUCAUCCACAACCGGCUAGACGUGGCCGAACGAAACAUGGCUAGCAUCAGAAAACGGGGGAAAGGCAACAGAAUCCUACUUUCAAUCGUCAGUAAGGAUCGCCUGGAGAAGAUUCUUAAGCGCAUGUUGGACGAGGAUGAGUUCUUCAGUGAUCACGGCAUCCGGUCACUCUCCAAAUAUCACAAAGACCACCCUUUCUCCAUGGAUGUCAACGGACAAGUCUUUAAGGUUGGUUACGUCCCAGGUGACUCAGACAGUGGCCUCUUUGGUGGCAACAGCAAUUGGAGAGGCCCUAUCUGGCUGUGCGUCAACUUUCUCCUGGUAGAAUCUCUACAGCGAUUUUAUCUGUUCUACGGACACGAAUUUCAAGUUGAAUGCCCGACUGGUAGUGGUGACUACAUGCACUUGGGUAAAGUGUCCGAAGAAAUUCAGCACCGUCUUCAGCACCUGUUUGCGCGCACAGACGACGGCAGAAGAAGUGUAAAUGCUGGUAACGAUAUGCUUGACUUUGACGAGAACUGGAAAGACUAUCUUUGGUUCCACGAGUUCUUUGACGGUGACACAGGACGCGGUCUUGGUGCCAGCCACCAGACGGGAUGGACUGGGCUGAUUGCCAGAAUGAUUCAUGAUACUGGUGUCAGCUGUCGUCUCCCGCAGACGCCGCGCACGCCGUCCGUCGGCAUGGCGCACUACUUUGACGACAUGUUCCAGCGCAGCGUCGAGGUCGGCGUCCCGCACUCCCCGCGCAUGCACCGCAUCCGCAGGUCCUCCACGGCGCGCUCCAUCGGUGCACGCAGCGACUUUGUCCUUGACGAUAAUGACGACGCUCACUCUGAUGGCGGCUCCGUUUCGGACGGCAUCGUCCUGACCCACGGCGCCGCCGCCGCCGCCUCCGCCGCUGCCGCCCUCGAGAAAUCCGAGGCCGACUCCCACAUGCACUCCUACAUCUCGGACCAGCUGAGCCGCUACAAGGACGAGAUGCAGUCGGACCGCUUCUCGCACGCCGAUGAGUUUGAGACGUCUGCCAACGGCAAGGGGGGCGGCGCUGGUGAUCAUUGA